AUAGAAAUCUCUUCCGUCAUGCACGUCCUGCUGAAUAUUCAAUUCCGCGUGAGAGAUCAAAGUGUGUUUUAAGACUGAACCACGGAAUUUAGCUCCGUCCGUGGAUUGAACUGAAAAGUGGACGAUUAGGCUAUAUACCUUGAUCAUUUUCAUUCUGAAAUACAGUAACUGGCGUGGCCAGAUCCUAUCGAUAGAACAUGAAGUCUUUCAUAUGCCUAUUUGUUUUUAUUACGUUGGCUUUAUCUACAGUUUCCACUGCAGAAAUAAACAACACGCCAAUCAUCGGUGUUUUGGCUCAAACAUUACGUACACCGCUGCCCCAGGGAAGCUCUUACAUUGCUGCGUCGUAUGUGAAGUACUUGGAGUCUGCUGGAGCUAGAGUUGUACCCGUGAAAGUAAAACAGUCUCGCGAUGAAUAUAAAAGGCUGUUUAACUCCAUCAAUGGAGUGCUAUUUCCUGGCGGAGGUGUCAACCUAACCUCAUCGGGGUAUGCUAAAGUUGCUAAAACUUUUUAUGAGCUCGCUAUAAAGGCUAAUAAUAAAGGUGACUACUUCCCUAUAUGGGGAACCUGCCUUGGCUUUGAGGAGCUGACAUACCUUACCAGUGGAAAGUUGCUUCUGACUGCUACAAACACUUCUGGAGUUGCACUUCCCUUGAUUUUUACAAACGAUUCAGCAAAGAGCCGAAUGUUCAGAGACUUCCCAGCAGACGUCAUGAGAGCUCUGGCCUCAGAGCCAAUAACGGCAAACUUUCAUCAGUGGAGUCUCAGCACUGAGAGUUACAAUAAAAAUCAGGAGCUGAGAAAUUUUUACAACAUCUUAACCACAAAUACUGAUGGGAAAGUGGAUUUUGUGUCAACCAUGGAAGCAUACGACUUCCCUUUCUAUGGGACUCAGUGGCACCCGGAGAAGAAUGCCUUUGAGUGGACCGGGCCUGUCAUCCCACAUUCCGCGUCUGCAAUGAAGGCUACCUUUCACAUGGCUGACUUCUUUGUCAAUGAAGCAAGAAAAAGCUCUCAUCGAUUUUCAAGUAAAGAAGAAGAACUGGAAGCUCUGAUCUACAACUACUGUCCUGUUUAUACAGGGAAAAAGUCUGCCUUUGAGCAGAUAUACAUUUUUUAAUAGAUGAUUUAAAAGAAAAA